UAUGACGUCAAAUACAAACAAGAGUCACAAGAAGAUCAGUCACAAAUAUUGCCUAAUAAUAUUGAUAACACGACUCGUAAGUAAGUCUGAUUGAAAACAGCAGAAGGCGACUGACUGUUAUUUGAAGCCAUGGACAAACAUCUCUUCAACCUCAAGUUUGCCUCCAAGGAUUUGGAAAGAAAUGCAAAAAAAAGUGAAAAAUCAGAAAGGGAAGAAAAAGUUAAAUUGAAGAAGGCUAUACAGAAAGGCAACAUGGAGGGAGCCAAGAUCCACGCUGAGAACUCCAUCCGCCAGAAGAAUCAGGCCCUCAACUACCGCCGCAUGAGUGCACGGAUAGACGCCGUGGCAGCGCGGGUGCAGACAGCGGUCACCAUGAAGCAGGUCACUGGCUCCAUGGCAGGUGUGGUCAAGUCUAUGGAAUCUGCAAUGAAGUCAAUGAAUUUGGAGAAGGUGUCAGUAUUGAUGGACAGGUUUGAGCAGCAAUUUGAGAACCUGGACGUGCAGUCGCAGGUGAUGGAGAACACAAUGUGCAACACGUCCACGCUGACCACGCCGCAGGGACAGGUGGACAGUCUCAUGCAGGAAGUGGCCGAUGAAGCUGGUCUGGAGCUGAAUAUGGAUCUGCCUCAAGCGCAGGGCUCCGCAGUUGGUGCUAGUGCCUCCACACAAGCCUCCCAGGAACAGGAUGAACUCACGAAAAGAUUGGCCAACCUACGUCAGAUGUAAAGUACCUGUCAUCACUAUUGUCAAACAUUAUUGUUCAAAGACAAUGCUUCAUGGCUGUGCCUGGGUCUUGGUGAGAUGGCAGCACCUGUAUAGUGUGUUGCUGAUCAGUGUGGGAUGAUUCCACGACUUGAUACAAACCACCGUCAUCACUAUUCAACCGGGGGGGGGGGGG